AUCUCACCAUUCACUCUCUUGCAUCACAAUGAAGCUCACAGUCGCUCUCGCGUUGAUCAUUUCAUCUGCCUUCGCUGCACCCACCGAUGACUUAAUCCUGAAGGAGAGGACGAAGAAAUCUCCAUCGGGUUCUCCAUACGGCGCUGGCGGAUCGUAUGGCACUUCAUACGGUCCUCCCUGCGCUGGGGCAGCACCUUUAGCGCUAUACCUGGCUCCUCAAGGCGCCCCCCACUACAGAGAAGAAGAAAUGACUGAUGAGCAUUCUGAACGCGCUCGCUCGUACGAAGGUCCCAGCUACGGAGCGUCAGCGUCUGCGAUUUCCCUGGCACCGGCAGCCCCGAGCGGAGCAGUGGGCUACUUCCCUCAUGGAAAGAUUGGUCCUUGCGGAGUUCCACUCCUUCUUAGCUGCGCCCCCAACGUUGUAGCUGGUCAUCUAGCCACCCACCACGGCUAUGCGGCUCCGGCGUACAAGCAGGCGGAGAAUGAGGAAACCACUGAAUUGAAGGAGGCAAUGGAAAAGUCGUGGUCAGAGGCUCAGAGGGACGCGAAUCUCGGUCCUCAUCAUCACCACUUGGACUCACUCAUCAGCACAAGGGUGCUUACCGGUGACCACACGGCUUUGGGUGAACACGCUCAUGAUCACAUGUCCAAAAUAUAAUUUUUGCAACAAAUAGUUGUAACGAGUGAGAUAGCGAAUUAAGGUACCUACUGUGUAAUAAUUUAUUCAAUUAUUUAUUUUUUCUAUGAAAUAAAAUAUGAAUUGAAAUAUAA